CUUCCGGUGCCGCAAGCUGUGAGCAACAGUUUCAGAAGUAAGCUGGCUCUCAUGGGAGCACUGGAAGAGGAAACUGGACAGCUGCAGACAGUGACGAGGCGAGCGGCUCUUCAACAAGAACAUGGAGAAGAUGUCACGGGUUACCACAGCCCUCGGCAGCAGCUCCAUCAGUGGCCGAACUAUGUUCUGCCACUUGGACGCUCCUGCCAACGCCAUCAGUGUGUGCCGUGACGCCACACAAGUGGUUGUAGCUGGCCGCAACAUCUUUAAGAUCUACGCCCUGGAGGAGGAGCAGUUUGUGGAGAAGCUGAACCUGCGCGUCGGCCGCAAACCCUCUCUCAACUUCAGCUGUGCGGAUGUCAUGUGGCAUCAGAUGGAGGAGAACCUGCUGGCCACAGCCGCCACCAACGGGGCGGUGGUCACCUGGAACCUGGGAAAACCCUCCCGUAACAAGCAGGACCAGCUGUUUACUGAGCACAAACGCACCGUGAACAAGGUGUGCUUCCACCCCACAGAGGUUUACAUGCUGCUGAGCGGUUCACAGGAUGGCUUCAUGAAGUGCUUCGAUCUGCGCAAGAAGGAGUCUGUCAGCACUUUCUCAGGUCAGUCAGAGAGUGUUCGGGACGUCCAGUUCAGCAUGAAGGAUUAUUUCACAUUUGCUGCUUCCUUUGAGAAUGGCAACGUCCAGCUGUGGGACAUCAGGCGGCCGGACCGCUAUGAGCGAAUGUUCACCGCCCAUACCGGCCCUGUGUUCUGCUGUGACUGGCACCCCGAUGACAGGGGAUGGCUGGCCACUGGGGGCCGGGACAAGAUGGUGAAAGUGUGGGACAUGACCACUAACCGGGCCAAGGAGAUCUAUUGUGUCCAGACGAUCGCCUCAGUGGCGCGGGUCAAGUGGCGGCCUGAGAGGAAGUUUCAUUUGGCCACCUGUUCCAUGAUGGUGGAUCACAACAUUUAUGUGUGGGAUGUCCGCAGACCUUUCAUUCCCUUCGCAACGUUUGAGGAACACAAGGAUGUGACCACUGGUAUUGUGUGGCGCCACCAGCACGACCCUCAUUUUCUGCUCUCUGGCUCUAAGGACAGCACGCUCUAUCAACACAUGUUCAAGGACGCCACUCGUCCCGUGGACAAGGCCAACCCUGAGGGUCUGUGCUUCGGACUGUUUGGUGACUUGGCCUUUGCAGCCAAGGAGAGUCUGAUCAGCAGUGACGCCAACAGAAAGCCUUACCCUGGAGGCGACCGCCGUUACCCCAUCUUUUUCUUCAAGAAGCCUGACCCGACAGAACAGUUUGCCCACGUGUCCAGCGCCCUUAGCGUCUUUGAGACGGACUUGGACAGUAACCGCAUGGACUGGUUUGUGAAGACAGCACAACUCUACCUCCUCUGUGGAAAGCCAUUUGCUGAGCUAUGUGAUCACAACGCCAAGGUCGCCCGGGAGCUCAAAAGACCUCAGGUUUCCACAACAUGGACCAUGUUGAGAAUCAUGUUUUCUGACCCAGCAAACCUCACAACGCCAGGUCCAAACCACAACCUCAGUAAACUGGGCACCUUGCCUUUAAUGAACAGUUUCAACAUGAAGGAAAUGAGUUCAGGGAUGGGCACGGAGAGCAGACUGGAACGCAGUAAAGGUGAGAGCAGGCAGGACAACAUCCACCUGGAGCCUGGGAACUCGCACAUCAGCAAUAACAAUGAAGAAAAUGAGGAGACAGAGGGCAGCGAUGGCCAGGCGGAGUAUAUGUUCGGUGAUGCAGAGUUAGAUGACGAUGACCUCUACUCUGUGGAGCACGACAACCAAACAGAAGAGCAGGAGUACACGCUGCCCCAGGAGGCCUUCCAGCUGCGCCACGAGAUCAUGGAUAACCCGUCCGCUCCGGAGCACCUUCAGCAGGACAAGGCCGACUCCCCGCACGUCAGCGGCAACGAGGCAGAGGUCACUUGUCUGACGCCCAUCGAGUCCUUCUCGCUCAUCUCCAUCUCCCAGCCGCUGUUCAGCCCACAUCUACCUGCCAGCUUCUUCUGUCCCAUCGUGCGGGAGAUGCUGAGCUACUACGCGGAGCAGGGUGACGUGCAGAUGGCCGUGUCUGUGCUAAUCGUUCUCGGGGAUCGGAUCCGUAAAGAGAUCGAUGACCUCACCCAGGAGCACUGGUACAUGUCCUACAUAGACCUGCUGCAGCGUUUUGAGUUGUGGAACGUGUCCAAUGAGGUCAUCAAGUUGAGUACGUGCAGCGCCAUCACCUGCCUGAACCAGACGUCCACCACGCUUCACAUCAACUGCAGCAACUGCAAGCGGCCAAUGAGCAACAAGGGCUGGAUAUGUGACAGGUGCCACCAGUGUGCCAGUGUGUGUGCAGUGUGCCACCAUGUGGUGAAGGGACUGUUUGUGUGGUGUCAGGGCUGCAGCCACGGCGGACAUCUGGAGCACAUCAUGAACUGGCUCAAGAGCAGCGCCCACUGCCCCGCUGGCUGCGGCCACCUGUUGUGUAAGCAUGAGAGGGGAAGAGAGAAGGGAUGACAUGCAGCAAAGGGCCGCGAGCUGGAAGCAAACUCACAGCCACUGCGGCAUGGACGCUGCCUUUGUACAUGGAGCCACUAACCACUAAGCUAAAUGUGAUUCGUAACAGAUUUCUACAGAUGCGUCUCAGUCCGCUCAAACUGUUUUUUGCAUCACUUGAAACGCAACAUGCAACGUCAAAUCCAGAGUGACUGAAGACCUGCUGAACACAGUCCACGCUGCUACUAUCAGAGCGCUAUGGAAGAGUUUGUCUGGCGCAACAGUGGAGUUCUGCACCGCAAUUUGACUUUCACAGUUAUUCGGAGGGUGAAAUGACAGAGCUCAGUUUCUCAUGCUUCUGUGCCACCAGUGUACCUCAUUGUGGCACCCACGUGGCAGAUGAAGCCAUGUGAGACCCAUAGAGCAAACACACUAGUGACUCCCUAAACUUGAAUAGGGAUAAAAUGAGUCAAUUGUGUGGUUUUUCUAGAGUUUACAAAUGCCAUUGGACCAAGUGGAUGAGAUUUUAAAAGUGUAAUGGGUCAUUUCAUGGGGGUUGUGAUACUUAAAAAAAAUGUAUCCACAGUUUUAUAGACGUUUCUUUCACCAUCCAUGUCUAUGGGAAAACAUCUUUAGGGCCCCAUAGCACCAUGUGAUGGGUGUAAUUCCACUUUUGUGGCCAAUACGGGUGCCUGCCGCACAUCAUGAGGGCUUGGGAGUGGCUGCAUAAUUAGUCACACCUUUGUCGUUACCACGGCAACCUGUGCAGACAGGUCGGUGAUGUAUGGACACAAAUCUGAGUCUGUCUUACUGGUCUGAUUUGCCUGCAGUCUC